UGUAGGCGCUGCCAUCUCUGGUUUGUCCGUCUCCGGUCCUUCCAUCCAUCUCCCGCCCGCGAUGCUGGCGCUGCGUUGCGGCUCCCGUCUGCUCGGCCUCCGCCCGCUCUCCCGACCGUGCUCCGCGCCGCUCCGGUUCCCCGCGGCCCGCGCCUGCAGCAGCGCCGGCACCCGAGACCCGGCCUCGGCCUCCGCCGGUAACCCGCUGGUCUACCUGGACGUGGGCGCCGACGGGCAGCCACUCGGCCGCGUGGUGCUGGAGCUGAAGGCAGAUGUGGUCCCAAAGACAGCAGAGAACUUCAGAGCCCUAUGCACUGGCGAGAAGGGCUUUGGCUACAAAGGCUCCACCUUCCACCGGGUGAUCCCGGCCUUCAUGUGCCAGGCAGGCGACUUCACCAACCACAAUGGCACUGGGGGGAAAUCCAUCUAUGGGAGCCGCUUUCCUGACGAGAACUUCACACUGAAGCACGAGGGACCAGGCGUCCUGUCCAUGGCAAAUGCAGGCCCCAACACCAACGGCUCCCAGUUCUUCAUCUGUACCAUAAAGACAGACUGGCUGGAUGGUAAGCACGUUGUAUUUGGACACGUGAAGGAGGGCAUGGAUGUCGUGAAGAAAAUAGAAUCUUUUGGCUCCAAGAGCGGGAAGACAUCCAAGAAGAUUGUCAUCACCGACUGCGGCCAGCUGAACUGAUGAGUGGCCAGGGUGCGGAGGUGGCGUCCAGGCACCCAGGGGCGCACAGUGAAGGCGUCCUAGAGGGCCACUGGCUGGUGGCUGCUGCAGGCACCUAUCCACAUGUUCCUGAAGAAGGCUGCUCGGGGGCCCACAGCUCCACCAGGACCUGCCAGGGUGCUUCUUGAUUGCCCGCCCUUCCUUACAGCCCGUUUCUGGGUCCCCCGUGUGUCCCUCAGCCCUGUCAAGCAUUACCCAUGACUGCCCAGCCCGGGCUGGUGGGUGCCUAGACAUCCGUGAUGGUGAUGGAUUUGUCUGAGGAAGGAUGACUUCCCAUGUCUUCCUUCACCCAUGCGGGCGGCCACUCACUGUCCAGUGCUGGCUUCCUAGCUGCAGUAACUCAGCAAAUUAUAUUGCCUAGAAAUGAAGCUGUGAUCCUAUCUGUGCCAAACUGUGAUGCCACCUGUUGGUACAGGCCUCAGAACCCUGGGCCCCGGCUUUGAAACACAACUCAGGGCUUUUGUGACAGUCUCCAAGAGCGAGGACUUGCCUUCUGGUUACUGUGAACUCCACUGGUGUGCUGUUGUCUUUUUGUUGUUGUUCUUCCAGUCCUGGGGCUUGAACUCAGGACCUGAGCUUCUUUUGCUUAAGACUAGUGACUCUACUCCUUGAGCCAUAACUCUACUUUUGCUUUUUUGGUUUUUGUA